CGGUUUCCUUCGGCUCCACUCGGCGCCUGUGAGGGGGAAGUGAGCGAGUGGGGGCCUAAGUUGGCGCUGUCGACCUCGCCGGCCAUGGAGGACGAGCUGUACCUGGAGAACAUCGACGAGUUCGUCACGGACCAGAACAGAGUCGUAACAUACAAAUGGCUGAGCUAUACACUAGGUGUUCACGUCAACCAAGCUAAGCAGAUGUUGUAUGACUAUGUGGAAAGAAAGCGGAAGGAGAAUUCGGGAGCCCAGUUGCACGUCACCUAUUUAGUGGCUGGAAACCUUGUUCAGAAUGGACACACGUGCCACAAGGUUGCAAUAGUGAAAGAAGAAAAGCUGGAAGCAAUGAAGUCGAAGCUGUCCACCAUUGCCAGCGUUCACGUCUACAGCAUCCAGAAAGCCAUGCUCAAGGACAGCAGUCCGCUCUAUAACACGGACUACGAUGUCAUCAAAGCAAACCUGCAGAACUGCAGCAAGUUUAGUGCUAUUCACUGUGCUGCUGCAGUUGCCAGAACAGCUGCUGAAAUGUCUCGCGUCGAAACCCCGGCCCAGGUGGAUCGCCAGCCACCUAAUGGCGUGGAUAAAGCUGCUACUCCUGUGGUCAACGGCCAUGCCCCAAUCGCUUCUGCCAAGCAGACCUCCCAGCAGACCAAGGGCAUAAUGGGAAUGUUUGCGGCCAAGUCUUCCACCAAGUCCCAGGAGACCCCGAAAGAGACCAAAGUGGAAGCCAAAGAGCCGCCAAGUGCCUCCACAGCAAGUAGCAAGGCACCUGCCAAAGGAAAUCUGCUGAACAACUUCUUUGGAAAAGCUGCUCUGUGCAAAGCGAGUCCUGAACCCGAACAGCGAAAGGAAGAAAAAGCUGCAGCCAAGUCCCCAGUGGAACCCAGAUCGCUUCCGGGUGCACCAGAACGUGAGAAACCCAGCAAGAAAGCAGACCCUGCAAAAGGACAGCAGAAGGACAAAAAAAGAACAAAGAGGCUGGAGAUGUCAGACGAGGAGGAGAAAGAGGUUGAGAGCCUGAAAAGAAAGAGGCGUCGGAUCAAACAGCCUGAACCCAACAGCAGCGAUGACGAGGAUGUCCCAGCAUCGCCUGUAACUCCUGAAGCGAAAGACCUUUCUCCUGAGCCAGACCCGAACCCAGAGCCUCAUCCUCUGCCCAUGGAGGCAUCGGCAGGAGAGAAAAAACGGAAGCGGAAGCGGGUGCUGAAGUCCAAGACGUUUGUCGAUGAGGAAGGCUGCAUAGUGACCGAAAAGGUUUACGAGAGCGAGUCCUGCACAGACAGCGAAGGCGACUUCCGCUCCAAGCCCUCCGUGGCUCGCAAGCCGCCUGCCGGGGCUGCCAAGAAGGAGCCCAAGGAGGAGAAGAGAGGCGCAAAGAGAGUCACCAAGGCCAACAAGCAGGCCUCCAUCAUGGGCUUCUUCCAGAAGAAAUGAGCUCCAGCCACUGCUCUGACGCAGAAGCUGCGUCAGAGCAGGCCACCACCCUUUUCGAGGCACAAAUACUUACCGUGUAAGUGGGCUUCCUCCGGAACCAGGAAGCGAGAUUCGCCACACGUGGGAGCCCUUUCGGUGCCAAAACUGCUUAGAAAGCAGCCACUGGAGGCAACAGAUUCGCUGUUUGAGAAUCAAAUUAAUUUGCUUUGUGCGGGCCUGUUAAAUAUAUAUCUCUAUAUGUAAAGGCCAGUUGUUUCU